AUGGACAUGGAAUCGCCGCUUUCGUACAACAACCGCAGCCUUCCGCUUGCCGUAAGUGACCCAUACUGGGAAAUGGACAUGAACCUGUGCAUCGUGUGCGCGCGCUGCGUGCGUGUGUGCGACGAGGUGCGCGGUGACAGCGCGCUGACGAUGCUGGAUCGGUCCGACCGUGUGCUGAUCGGCACUUCACAGGGCACUUCCCUGCUGGAAUCGGGCUGCGAGUUCUGCGGCGCGUGUAUCGAUGUAUGUCCCACGGGCGCGCUUGUAGAGCGCAAGUACAAGUGGGACAAGGCGGUCGAUACGGUGAAGAGUCAUCUGCCCGCACUGCCCGGUGGGAUGCCAGAUGAACCUUGA